AGAUAAAUAUAUAUAUAUUAUAUAUGUAUGGAAUUCAAUUGGGAUGUUUGCUAAUUGUGUUGAAACUGUUCUUAAAUUCAGAUUUCCAAUUAUUUGCUUGUUUCAUUAGCCUCUGUGGGUUGUUUGUAUGGUGAAGAAAGGACCUUGCUGCCAUUGUGGAGUCACAAGCACUCCUCUUUGGCGUAAUGGACCAGCACACAAGCCGAUUCUGUGCAAUGCUUGUGGAUCGAGGUGGAGAACAAAAGGUACAUUGGAAAACUAUGUGCCACAACAUGUGCGUGAGCUUACUGAUCAAGUGGAACUGAAAGUGUCUAAAGAGAAAAUUACUCCCUUAAAGAACAAUUUACAGAGAGUGCAGAAAAGAAAGCUAGAGAAUGUAAUUGCAGAAACUGAACAAAUAGUUCCACUUCAUGAGCAAAACUUUCAAAAAGUUCUUGAGGAGGAUACUGGCAAUCGAUCUAGUUCAGGUUCAGCUACGUCAUGUUCAGAAGACCAUAUACAUGCUGGUGCCCCGGAUAUCAUUGAUUUAAGAGCUUCAGCACAAUUCUGUGGAUGGAAUGUGCCAUCAAGAAAAAGGUCAUGUAUUCAUCGCGCAAGGUCCUCUCCUCUUGCAAGGCUCCAGAAGGACUUAUAUUCUAUAUUCAGUGCACAAGGUUCAUCGAGCACACCAAUGGCUUCUGAUGGUGAUCUUCUUUAUCAAAAUGAAACUGAAACUCAAAGCGGUUCAAUUGAAAUUGGCCAUGGUGUUGUCCUCAUCAGACCUCCUAGUGCAAAAGCUAUCGAGGAGGAGUCUGAAGCCAGUUCAUUUCCGGCUGAUAAUCAGUCAUACAUUGCAAAUGAGGCCAUUUCCCAAUCAGCGUCCCAUUCAGUGUCUACUGGAUGUAUCAGAAUUGGAAAGAGUAAGGAGCAUAUUGCAGAACUGGCACAAGAACAUGAAAAAAGGGAUAAAACCUUAUAUGAGAUGUUGAAUAUUAAGCAUGAUAGAAAGUCUCCACUGAUAUCGAUUGACCUGAAUGAUCUAAAGAUUAAAGAAAAUACUCUAGGAGACCGAUCAAUUGCCCUUAAACAUUCCAGAUCAACGCCAUUCAAAAGACAAAACAACCCAGUCCUGAAAGGCAGCAUGAGAACGCCGGUAGGAAAAUGCAGGCCAAGUGGAUUGAGCAUCUGUUCUAAAACUCUGACAAACUCUAGCGAUGCGGCCUCAAGAUUAACGCACACCGGUGAUACUUUAACAGGCAAUAAAGAUGGAGAAUCCAUGCUAUCCUCUUUUCAAUUGACAGUUCAAGACAUUCAUCUGAGUGUCCCUGCAAAUAUAUCAACCUCAAAUUCAGAAGCCAAAAACCUUGGCAAUCCAUAUAAGGGAAAAACAGUUAAGAAAGCUUCAUUUGAAGGACAUGGGAGCAACUCUUCACAGCCGAAGCAUCGAGGGCCGAACAAUAUAACAGCCAAUGCAGCAUUGUUUGAAUGCUCUAAUGUUUGUCUGUGAUCAGAGUUUGCUUCGCCAAUGACCGAAUGUUGCUCAAAAACUUGUCUCAUUCCCCUGUGAAUUAUCAUCUAGAUGAUAUAAUUCCCCUUCUUUUUUUUUGUGUAGGAUGAAUGAGUUCAGGAGCAGAGUUUUGAGUUUGAUAUAUAUAGUCUAUGAUGAAACUGCUGAAAGAAAUAUAUUGUCAUUUACAAAAG